AUGGCUACUAUCGAAAAAGGUAACAGAAAUGGCGAACAUGAAACAGAGGCCUUUUACAAAAAUGAAAGAAAAGGCAAGACCAACAAAGUAGAAGCGUUCAAUGUGAAUGAAGAAAAAAAAGAAGUCGAAAGCGGAAGUUUCCACAGUGUAGAACAUAAAAAUGAAAAUAACGCAGACAUUUUUGGCGUAAGCGUAAGCAAAAAUGAAAUGGACAUGAACCAUAAUAAUUUCCGUGAUCAUGUCGUGAAGACGAAUGCGGACAUGGAGAAGGAAGAAAGGAAAAGCGGUUUGAUGGAAAAUAAAAGCAACUGGGAGGGGGAAGAUGAAAAUCUGUUGAAUGAUGAAGCGGAUUUUAUAGAUGAAGGGGAAGAAGUAGAGGAAGAAAACGUGGAUGAGAAAGACCUCAUACUUCAGCGAUAUAAACAUGGCACCAACAUAUUUGUCAACCUGGACGAUGUAAAAAAAAGGUGCGUGGUGGUUGACUUUUACUCGGAAUGUUUAAAUAAAUAUAAAAAUGAAUGCAGCUUUGUGUAUUACCAAAACUAUAACAGUAAUAGUAACGUAAUAAUUAACGAAAAUGUUGAUAUGAUGGGACAUAUACACAGUCCUCAUCAUUUUUCAUGUGAAAAUAUGGAGAACAUGGGCAACAUGCCCAUUUCCAAUGACAAAUCAGCAAUGGCGAAAGGGAAAAAUACGCCAAAAAAUUCUAGCACCAUAGGAAACGGGGUAGGUACAUCCGUUAUACCUGGUGAAGAUUUUAAAAAUUUUAACCUCCAAAAAAAGAAGCAAGAAUCGUUAGACCCCUUGUUAAAGUGCAUAAAUUCGCUCUCGGAUAGGAUAAACCUUCAGCAUUUAGUGGGCGAUCCAACAACGUAUUUCAAAGUUGGAGGGGGAGAUAUGUUUUACGACAUUAACGAUCCGUUUUUGGAUGACGAAGAAAUGUACAAAGAAUUAAACAAAACGAAAAAUGAAAUAAUUCUUACAAGACAGAUAGAAGAUGAGUACAGUGUGUGGAGUGCGGACAUGUCAGACGAUUAUGUGGACAUAAACCCGAACUCCUUCAUCUCGUUUUAUAGCUCCAAGUGUAAGUACGUAUAUUAUAGUGAUGAAGAAAACGAAGAGAAAAAUACCAAAGGGUGCACAAGUGAGGUAAUGAAGGUACAUGAUAACACCAACGAUGUCGAUUUCUGCAAACGCGGUGAUGAGUACAAGGGGCACGCUUCGUACAGUUCCUCUUGCUCCAACUCAUCUGAUGAGAGUGUGAUAGAGUUAAGCGAGUCCCAUAUGGACAUAAUAAAUUAUGAACACAAUGUAAACGAUUUUAUUAUAUAUUCAAGUGAAGAAGACGUCGAAGCAUCCUCGUCUGAAGAUGAGAAUGACGAAGGCGCAGAAGAAUCAGAAGGGUCUGAAGAGGAUAUCAUAUUCAACCCUUUUGCUUGGAAAAAAUUCCAAAGACACAUUCCCCCAGAGUUUAUCAGCUCCUUCGAAAAAUUAGAAAAGGAGUUAGAUGCACUCCCCCUGGAGGUUAACAUAGAAGAUAUACAGGAUAUCAUAAAGGGGAAUAUUUAUAGCAUAUUUGUUCAAGUUAGAGAUAAACAAAAGAACAUGCUAAACCAUUUUAAUAAGACAUUGGAUGAUUAUGUCGAGAUCGAUAUAAAACAGCUGCGGUGGCUCACAACCAUCAUGAAUAAAACGUCCAACACUCUUAACGAUAUAGAUAUUUGUAGAAUCUGGUUCGAACACAUUUUCAACUACAACAUUAUGGUUUUCAUUAAUUGCGAGAAGGAGUUCGUUAGCAAGAUAAAGAACUCACAGAUCUUUGAGAAAAAUAAUAAGGCGCAUUUGAAUGGUAUCCUGAAGGACAUAUCUUCGUGGAGAUCCUUCCAGGAGUAUAAGGAGAAGCAAGCUCGCGAGGGCGCAGAUGGUGCAGGUGCUACUACCAUUGCUGGUGCCUCUAUCGACAUUGCAAAAGCAGCCGAGGGGGUCAGUCCCAAUCGUGGUGCAAUCGGACCGAAAGUGGGCUCCUCCCCGAGUCGAGGCGCGAGCAAAGCGACCACCGAUUUUAGCAAGAAUGGCAUUGGUCAUGGCGAGCCUACCUGCAAGGUACCACCAGAAAGUGGAAAAUUGAUAGACGCAGGAGAUGAGGAGAAGGAAAAAAGGAGCAUCUUAUUGGAGAUGCAGGGUAAAGGAGAAGAACUUAAUCAAGCAGAGGAUAAGGCGUGUAGCGAUGCUUACUUUAAAAAGGAGGAUAGUCGCAAAAGUGUACCUUACCACGAGGGGAACGUGGAAUGUCUUUUUACUGCGGACUUUGCUAAGGACAGCUCUGUGAAGAAGGAUCUAGCGGAAGAUAGGGGGGAAGGUGCAGUGGAAGGAGGUGUCAAGGUAAAUUUAGUCAACAUAAAGAAUGAACACGCAGAAGGAAACUGCGACAGUGUGUCUGUGCACUUUUCGAAUAAUAGCACCAUCGAACAUAUAGAGGGAGAGAAAGUGGGGGGCAGCGAUUACAGUUGUGUGCAAAACAAUGGCUUGUCGAGAAAGGAAUGCCCCGGGGGGAGGAAUGGCCACGAGGAAGACGAGAAAAGGACGACGGCAGGGGAGGUAGCAGUAAUGUCCACCAAAAUAGCCGCCAACACGGUCUCUGGAGCUAUCCUCCCAUUGACAGAGGAGCAUGGAGAAGAAAGUAAAGUCCCCAUCCACAACGUGGAGAGCUGUACAGAGCUAGAACCGAAUGGUGCCAAGGCUAGCAAAGGUACAAACCCGAAUGGUGAACAGAAGGAAGAGUACAAUCCGUUGGAAAUUUUUUUUAAAAAAUUUGCAGACAUUUCGUACGACAUUUUAAAUUACGUAAAAAUGUUUAUAAAGCAAAAGUGCUUUUUAAAAGAUAUGGUAUCAGCAGGAUUUGAAGCUCUCGUCGAAAAACACAAUAAGCAUUUUGUGAAGUUUCCCUACAUGACCGUGUCAGAAAUAUUGACGAAUCUUUUUAACUUCAGGUACAAAACGAACAUCAUCAUAGCUCCAGAUUAUGUAGAAGCCCUGGUAGAUUUUUAUCAGGAUAAAUACAAAGUAGACAUAUCAUAUGAUAAAGGGAGAAAUAAAAAAGUGUUCCUUUUUGAUACGAACGAAAUGCACAAGUUGAAUAAUGCCUAUUAUAGAAGUCGCAACAAUGGAAAGGAGAAAGGCGUAGGUAAUGAACAGGAGCAUUGUAAAGACGACCAUAAGGGCAAAUUCGGAGGGAAAGGCGAAUUGGAUGAUAGGGGCAAUUACAAAAAAGGUGGUGGUGGCAGUAGUGGAAGUAUGGUCAGCAAUGACAUGCUUCAGGGUCAUUCAAAGGAGCGUUUACAAAAUGCAUCGAAUAAGAAGCAGGGCUCUGGAAAAAAUGACCAUUCAAGUAUGAAUAGUGGCAUGGACAUGGUAAGCAAGCUAAACAUGAGCACCAUCCCCAUGGGUGUUGCCAACUCAGGUGUAACAACGGAUGGGGGUAAUAAUAAAAUGCCAACCAAAAAGAGAGUAAGUGAAUUAGUUAAACAGAAUCUUACGAAGGAGACGAAUUCUUUGACGAAAAAAAAACAGAACAAAAUAUUAUCGAACGAUUUGUCAAGGAAAAGUUGGGACAAGAAGAAAAACAACAAAAAUGAAAAGAAGAUAUCCACCAGCACGCAUAUUAUUAUUUGUUCCGAUAAUGAGGAAAGUCAAGAGGAAGAUUCCCUUAGUGGGCACCACCAGGUGAUGACAAAAAUGGCUAGUGAGAGAAACAAGAAUAAGGGGGAGUGCCGAAACAUGAGCAUGUUGAUAGAGAACAUAACGAAGAACAAGUGCAGCGCGAAUAGUAGUUCCUUGGGAAAAUUGGCAGUCAACUACAACGUAGAUCAAGACCAGCGCAGAGAUCUCUACAACGGCAGCUAUGUUGCCCAGCACAAGUCCCACCUUCCAAACAUGGCCAACAUGGUGAGCAUGUCGAACAUGGCGAAGGAGAGCAUGACGAAGGCAAACGUAGCGAGCAUACCCAGCAUGUUGAGCAACGAUCAGGGCCGUCUACAGAGCCACCCCAACAGCACCUUACCCAAUAACAACAAGUUGCAAACCAUUCGCAACAUUUUCAGCAACGCCGUCCCCAUGAACCACAAGAAGGUACAAAGCGUCAACCACAUGAAGAGUAGUAGCAGCGCAAACAUUUACAGUGCGCAGAAAAAGAGGGGCACCGAAGAAAACUUGCUCAUUAUAACAGAUGAGCAGAAAAACCUAAUUUCAAAUAACAUGCUUAACGAAAAAAUGCAGCUGUAUAAGAAAAGGAAAAUGAAAAAUGAUUAUCCAUGUGGAAACCAAAACGGACAAACCAAUAUACUAAAGAUUAACAAGGUCAACGAAAAAAUCAAGGGGAAGGUUUUGCAUUCAAAUGAUAAGUGUGCAGUGUAUAAAUGUAUUAACAUCGAAUCGUCUGACGAAAACAAGUGA